AUGGGUGAAGUGACAAGACUUUGUCACAGCGCCAGCCCAAAUACCCCCACCACUAUGAAAUUUGCGCGGCAAAACCGCGACGCCAUUUUGGUGAUGGAGAUUGUGGUGUUCAGACGUUUCGAUUUUUUGGUGGUGCGUGACAUAAUAUUACUAGAUGUGCAAUAUUUAUAUUGUUAUUCUGCUGUCUACAUACAAACGUUUUUCACAAUAAAUCCACUUCCUUGUGUUCUCUGUGGGGAAGAUGCAGUGAUGCUUCAAAAAUCAAGAAUCCUUCGUUUCGUCUACGGGAUUCGACGUCCAGUUCACAAUUUUCUUCGCAUCUAAUUGUGAGUCGCAUGCAUUUUUAUUCCUCUGGUCACCCAAUCAUGUCGUAGGAUGAAAGGUCCGAAUCGGCACGGAUGACUGGUUGUACUAUGUGGAAUUUUUGUCGAGCAUAGUGACCUCGGGUAUAUACCCGUGAAUAGUAACAUUUUCUUGUUUGUGUAUUAGCUCAGGAUAGGUUUUCUUACA